UGUCCGAACAAAAUAAUAAAACUUUUUGAGAAUCGCAAAUAAGGCAUUUUCUUCAUUUGGAGAAAGGAACUAAGGAAACUUGUCUCAAAAUUCAGUAAGACUCUUUGGGGCUGCUCUCCCCUGGAGCUAGCUUGGAACGGUUAGCAGCUAGCGUUAGCUAGCUAACCCACGAAAACAGAAAAAAGGACGUCGGAAUCGCACGGAGAGUCUGACUGCCAGGCGUCUGGAAACAGGAGAACUACACGGGGAAAGAGCACUGAACCGUGGGGUUUCGUGAAACUUCAGUCUGUUUGUAUUGAUUAUUUUGGAAGCCUUAGUUUUUGAGAGAUGGAAGCGGAUGGACGCAGUGAAGACGAAAGUGUGAGCAACAGCAGUGGAGAUUCCAGUAACUCUGAUGAUGAGUCUGGAUCUGGGUCUGGGUCUGGAUCUGGGUCUGGUUCCAGCUCAAGCAGCAGUAGCUCCAGCAGCAGCCAAUCAGGGAGCAGUGACUCAGGGAGUGGUUCAGACUCGGGCAGCCAGUCAGACUCAGACUCCGAAAAGUCUAAAGAGAAGCAUGAACAAGAUAACAAGCCUACGAAGAUUGAUGGUGCUGAGUUUUGGAAGUCCAAUCCCAGUAUCCUGGCAGUUCAAAGGUCAGCCAUGCUCAGGAAACAGCAACUUCAGCAGCAACAACAGCAGCAGAGCUCAUCCAACAGUGGCUCAGAUGAGGACUCCUCAAGCAGUGAUGAUUCAGAUGAUGACUCGUCAAGGAAAAGGAAGAGCAAAGGGUCUGGAUCAGACUCUGAUUCAGAUUCAGGGUCAGGUUCAGGGUCUGGCUCAGGUAGUGACUCUGGUUCAGACUCUUCAGCAGAGGAAGAUGAGGAGAACAGUGAUGAGAGUGUGUCGGAUUAUGAGCCCAGUCACAAAGUCAAAAGCAGGAAGCUCCCUAACAAGACUAAUGUGAGAAAUGGGAAGAAGAGCAAAGUCCAGAGGAAGAAGCCUUCUGGAUCGUCCUCAGAUGAGGAUGACUAUGAUAAAAAGUUUGGAGCUUCGGCUGGCCCUCGGCGGCAGGCCACCGUUAAUGUGAGCUACAAAGAGGAUGAAGAACUGAAGACAGACUCGGACGACCUGGUGGAGGUUUGCGGAGAGGAUGUCCCACCGCCAGAGGAGGAUGAAUUUGAGACACUAGAGAAAGUGAUGGACAUGAGAAUUGGGCGGAAAGGAGCGACUGGAGCCACCACUACGGUUUAUGCCGUUGAGGCAGAUGGGGACCCCAAUGCAAACUUCAAUCCCAACAAGCAGCCAGGAGAAGAGCAGUACCUGAUCAAAUGGAAGGGCUGGUCCCACAUCCACAACACCUGGGAGACAGAAGAGACACUGAAGAUGCAGAAUGUGAAAGGCAUGAAAAAACUGGACAACUUCAAGAAGAAGGAACAGGAAAAAAGGAAAUGGCUCAAAGCAGCUUCACCUGAAGAUGUGGAGUACUUCAAUUGUCAACAGGAGCUCAUGGAUGAUCUUCACUCACAGUAUCAGCUAGUAGAGAGAAUAAUUGGUCAUUCAAACCAGAAGUCAGCAGCAGGUUAUCCAGAUUACCUGUGCAAGUGGCAGGGUUUACCCUACUCGGAGUGCAGCUGGGAGGAUGGCGCACUCAUCGCCAGAAAGUUUCAGAAGUGCAUAGAUGAUUACAUGAGCAGAAACCAGUCAAAAACCAUUCCUUUCAGAGACUGCAAGGUUUUAAAGCAGAGGCCACGGUUUGUACCCAUGAAGAAACAGCCUCAUUAUAUCGGUGGGGAUGGACUAGAGCUUCGAGACUACCAGCUUCACAGCUUAAACUGGAUGGCCCACUCUUGGUGCAAAGGGAACAGUUGCAUUCUUGCUGAUGAGAUGGGCUUGGGCAAGACUAUACAGACCAUUUGCUUUCUGAAUUACCUGUUCCAUGAGCACCAGCUCUAUGGGCCCUUCCUGUUGGUGGUGCCCCUGUCCACUCUCACGUCCUGGCAAAGGGAGAUCCAGCUGUGGGCUCCUCAGAUGAAUGUGGUUGUCUACUUAGGAGACAUCAGCAGUAGGAACAUGAUAAGAACACAUGAAUGGAUGCACGUGCAGAACAAACGACUGAAGUUUAAUAUCUUGCUCACUACAUAUGAAAUUCUCCUCAAAGAUAAGUCCUUUCUGGGUAAUGUAAGUUGGGCAUUUAUUGGUGUGGAUGAGGCUCACAGGCUGAAGAAUGAUGACUCUCUUCUGUAUAAGACCUUGAUUGAGUUCAGGUCCAACCACCGGCUGCUCAUCACAGGAACACCCCUGCAGAACUCCCUUAAAGAACUCUGGUCCCUACUUCACUUCAUCAUGCCUGAGAAAUUUCACUCGUGGGAGCUGUUUGAAGAGGAACACGGUAAAGGCAGGGACUCUGGCUAUACCAGUCUGCAUAAAGAGCUGGAGCCUUUCUUGCUGCGCAGGGUCAAGAAAGAUGUGGAAAAGUCCCUGCCUGCCAAGGUGGAGCAGAUCCUCAGAGUGGAAAUGAGUGCCAUCCAGAAGCAGUACUACAAGUGGAUAUUGACAAGGAAUUACAAAGCCCUGAGUAAAGGCACAAAAGGGAGCACAUCAGGCUUCCUCAACAUUAUGAUGGAGCUAAAGAAAUGUUGUAACCACUGCUACCUCAUCAAACCACCUGAGGAUAAUGAAUUUUACAACAAACAGGAGGCCCUGCAGCAUCUGAUCCGCAGCAGUGGGAAGCUGAUCCUGCUGGACAAACUGCUUGUACGGCUGAAGGAGCGCGGCCACCGCGUGCUCAUCUUCUCCCAGAUGGUCCGGAUGCUGGACAUCCUGGCCGAGUAUCUGAAGAGCCGCCAGUUCCUCUUCCAGAGGUUGGAUGGCUCCAUUAAAGGGGAGAUGAGAAAGCAGGCACUCGAUCACUUCAAUGCAGAGGGAUCUGAGGACUUUUGCUUCCUGCUGUCCACGCGAGCAGGCGGUCUGGGCAUUAACCUUGCCUCUGCAGACACAGUGGUCAUUUUUGACUCAGACUGGAACCCACAGAAUGACCUGCAGGCACAGGCCAGAGCUCACAGGAUUGGACAAAAAAGACAGGUGAACAUCUACCGUCUGGUGACAAAAGGAUCUGUGGAGGAGGACAUCAUUGAGAGAGCCAAGAAAAAGAUGGUGCUGGACCACCUGGUUAUUCAGAGGAUGGAUACCACAGGCAAAACUGUGCUGCAUACAGGUGCUGCUCCCUCCAGUUCCACCCCUUUCAACAAGGAGGAAUUGUCCGCAAUUUUGAAAUUUGGUGCUGAGGAACUCUUCAAAGAGCCAGAGGGAGAGGAGCAGGAGCCGCAGGAGAUGGACAUUGAUGAGAUCCUUAAGAGGGCUGAGACCAGAGAAAAUGACCCUGGCCCGUCUACUGUAGGAGAAGAGCUCUUAUCACAGUUCAAGGUGGCAAACUUCUCCAUGAUGGAGGAGGAGGAGAUCGAGAUGGAUACUGACGGGAACCAGAAGAACUGGGAGGAAAUUAUCCCUGAGGAGCAACGGCGCAAAUUAGAGGAGGAGGAGAGGCAGAAGGAGUUAGCAGAGAUCUACCUGCUGCCCCGCAUGAGGAACUGUGCUAAACAGAUCAGCUUUAACGGUAACGAAGGCAGACGGAGUAGGAACAGAAGGUACUCGGGUUCAGACAGCGAUUCUGUAUCAGAUCGAAAACGCCCCAAAAAGCGAGGAAGACCCCGAACCAUUCCACGAGAAAACAUCAAGGGCUUCAGUGAUGCUGAAAUACGAAGAUUUAUUAAGAGCUACAAGAAGUUUGGUGGUCCUCUGGAAAGAUUGGAUGCCAUAGCCCGGGAUGCAGAAUUGGUGGAUAAGUCUGAGCAUGAUUUGAAGAGGCUAGCAGAAACUGUUCACAACGGGUGCAUCCGGACACUGAGGGAAAACCCUUGUGGACCAGAGAAGACCUCAGGAAGACGAGGGAAGGUGAAAGGACCCACCUUCAGGAUCUCUGGGGUACAAGUCAAUGCCAAGCUGGUGAUCUCUCACGAGGAGGAGCUGGCACCACUACAUAAGGCCAUUCCUGCUGAUGCUGAGGAGAGGAAGAGGUACAUGAUUCCUUGUCACUGCAAGGCAGCUCACUUUGACAUAGAGUGGGGUAAAGAGGAUGACUCCAGCUUGCUCAUUGGUAUUUAUGAGUAUGGCUAUGGGAGCUGGGAAAUGAUAAAAAUGGACCCAGACCUCAACCUCACCCAUAAGCUUCUGCCAGAUGACCCUGAUAAGAAACCACAGGCCAAACAGCUGCAGACACGAGCAGACUACCUCAUCAAAUUGCUCAGCAAGGACCUAGCCAAAAAGGAGGCACAGAGACAAGCGGGCACAGUGAAUUCUCGGAAGAGGAAGCCCCGGGGCAAGAAGAACAAAGCUGUGAAGCCAUCCAAGGUGGACGAGGUGGUGAACAGCCUGUCUUCAGCACCUCCCUCAGACAAGAGCUCAGAGGAUGAGGAUGACAAGGAGGAGGAAAAGCCAGAGGAUAGGGAGCUUAAAGAGAGGGAGAAGGGUGACACUCCAGUCCAUAUCACAGCAGGAGGAGAGAGCAUACCAAGUGAGGAGUCUGAGGAGCUCGACCAGAAGACCUUCAGCGUGUGUAAGGAGCGCAUGCGACCCGUGAAGGCAGCCCUGAAACAGUUGGACCGUCCUGAGAAGGGCCUGUCUGAGCGGGAACAGCUGGAGCACACACGCCAGUGCCUGAUUAAAAUAGGAGAUCACAUCACAGAGUGUCUGAAAGAAUACACCAACCCUGAACACAUCAAACAGUGGAGGAAAAACCUUUGGAUUUUUGUAUCGAAAUUUACUGAAUUUGAUGCUAGAAAAUUACAUAAAUUGUACAAGCAUGCAAUCAAGAAGAGACAGGAGAAUGCUCAGGCAGUGGACCAGAACACCAGUGGUGUCAACAUGCAGAGCUUUAAACACACAGACAUUGAGAGGUUAAAGGACAGCUCUCAGCAGGAUGAGAGUAGCAGAGACAGCUACAGCUCAGACAGACAUCACACAUCCUCACGCUACCACGAGCACAGCAAAGAGCGCCACACAAAUGACUCCUACAGAAAGAGCUCUGACUCCAGAAAGAGACCUUACCCCUCCUUCAGCAACGGCAAAGACCACCGAGACCGAGACAGAGACCGAGACCGAGACCACUACAGGACAGAGCGCCAGGACGGCAGAUACUACAGUGACGGUAAGCACAGGAAGCUGGACGAGCAUCGCUCCAGUCGAGACCGGCGGUCAGACAGCAGCUCCAGGGACAGACAACACUCAGAGCACCGCUCACACAGUGACCACCGAUCUCACAGUGACCACCGGUCCAGCUCUGAGUACAGCCACCACAAGUCCUCUUCGCGUGACUACCGCUACCACUCAGACUGGCCCAUGGACCACCGAGCAUCCGGCAGCGGUCCCCGUUCCCCCCGAGAACAGCGUUCACCCUACGAUUCCCGCUCACCCCUGGGUCACAGGUCGCCUUUCGAGUACUCGUCUGACCACAAGAGCACGCCCGAGCAGAUCUGGAGCGGCCGCAAGACAUAA